CGCCUUCCGGACAGACUGCAAGGAGCCGGGGAUGCAAUCAUAGGGAGGAAGAGGGGCAGCCUUUGAGGGUGGUCAGAUCUUUGGGGGCGCAGCCCCAUAGUGCCCAGGGGGUCUCAGGGUUAUUAGGGACAGACAGUCUCGGUUGAGAAGGGUCUCUCAGACUAAGGGGGGAGCAGCUGGCCGCCGCCCGCCGCCAUGGGGCUGAAGGCCGCCCAGAAGACGCUGUUCCCUCUGCGCUCCAUCGACGACGUGGUGCGCCUGUUCGCUGCUGAGCUGGGCCGAGAGGAGCCGGAUCUGGUACUCCUUUCUCUGGUACUGGGCUUCGUGGAACAUUUCCUGGCUGUCAAUCGUGUCAUCCCCACCAACGUGCCGGAGCUCACCUUCCAGCCCAGCCCAGCGCCCGAUCCUCCCGGCGGCCUCACCUACUUCCCCGUGGCCGACCUAUCCAUCAUAGCUGCCCUCUAUGCCCGAUUCACCGCCCAGAUCCGCGGCGCUGUGGACCUGUCCCUCUACCCGCGAGAGGGGGGCGUCUCCAGCCGCGAACUGGUAAAGAAGGUCUCGGAUGUCAUAUGGAACAGCCUCAGCCGAUCCUACUUCAAGGACCGGGCACACAUCCAGUCCCUCUUCAGCUUCAUCACAGGCACCAAGCUGGACAGCUCAGGUGUGGCCUUUGCAGUGGUGGGGGCCUGCCAGGCUCUGGGUCUUCGAGAUGUCCACUUGGCCCUGUCUGAGGAUCAUGCCUGGGUAGUGUUUGGGCCCAAUGGGGAGCAGACAGCUGAGGUCACCUGGCAUGGCAAAGGCAACGAGGACCGCAGGGGCCAGACAGUCAACGCGGGUGUGGCUGAGCGGAGCUGGCUGUACCUGAAAGGAUCAUACAUGCGUUGUGACCGCAAGAUGGAGGUGGCGUUCAUGGUGUGUGCCAUCAACCCUUCCAUUGAUCUGCACACUGACUCUUUGGAGCUGCUGCAACUGCAGCAGAAGCUGCUCUGGCUGCUCUAUGACCUGGGACAUCUGGAAAGGUACCCUAUGGCACUAGGGAACCUAGCAGAUCUGGAGGAGCUGGAGCCCACCCCUGGUCGGCCAGACCCACUCACCCUCUAUCACAAGGGUAUUGCUUCUGCCAAGACGUACUACCGUGAUGAGCACAUUUACCCCUACAUGUAUCUGGCUGGCUACCACUGUCGCAACCGCAAUGUGCGCGAAGCCCUGCAGGCCUGGGCCGACACUGCCACUGUCAUUCAGGACUACAAUUACUGCCGGGAGGAUGAGGAGAUCUACAAGGAGUUCUUUGAAGUGGCCAAUGAUGUCAUCCCCAACCUGCUGAAGGAAGCUGCCAGUCUGCUGGAGGCAGGGGAAGAGAGGCCAGGGGAGCAGACUCAGGGCACCCAGAGCCAGGGUUCUGCCCUCCAGGACCCUGAGUGUUUUGCCCACCUUUUGCGAUUCUACGAUGGCAUCUGCAAAUGGGAGGAGGGCAGCCCCACUCCAGUGCUGCAUGUGGGCUGGGCCACCUUCCUUGUGCAGUCUCUAGGUCGCUUCGAGGGACAGGUGCGGCAGAAGGUGCACAUCGUGAGCCGAGAACCCGAGGCCGCCGAGGCGGAGGAGCCAUGGGGGGAGGAAGCCCGGGAAGGACGGCGGCGGGGUCCUCGCCGAGAGUCCAAGCCCGAGGAACCACCUCCGCCCAAGAAGCCUGCAUUGGACAAGGGUGCCGGCUCCGGCCAGGGUGCGGGAUCAGGUCCGCCCCGGAAGCUGCCAGGGAAUGUCCCCGGCACCACCCGCCCUGAAGUCGGCAGUGCUGCUCCGACGCCAGCAUCCGCAGCCUCCCCGCCACCGGAUGGGCCAGUGCUCACUUUCCAGAGCGAAAAGAUGAAAGGCAUGAAGGAGCUACUGGUGGCCACCAAGAUCAACUCGAGUGCCAUCAAGCUGCAGCUCACGGCGCAGUCGCAAGUGCAGAUGAAAAAGCAGAAGGUGUCCACACCCAGCGAUUACACUCUGUCUUUCCUCAAGCGGCAGCGCAAGGGCCUAUAACUGCAGGGGAUUGGCUCAGGCCCUGGCCCCACCUCGAGUUCAGGCUCCGCCCACAGUCCCAGGGGCCGGGCCAGGACACACUCCACCCCAAUUCCAGGUCCGGGUUUAUGUACUACAUACCUCGACCCCAAGCCUUUGAACUGCUCCAGCUUAGACCCCAGGGCCAUGGCCCUUAGAAUAUAGAUUUCAUCUCCCAGAAUCUCAGCCAGCCAAUUGGAACCCUAUUCUUGGCCCAUGUAACCAAUCUUGAAAAAUCCAAUCCCUGAAACUCAACGGUACUCAUGCUGGAACCCAAGCCAGACUCAGGGCUCGCUCCUUCCUCGUGGAGACUGAGGUUGCCCUUAACCCUGGAGGGAGGACAGGUCCCACUACAACGCGGGAGCCAGUGACCCCCUAUUCAGCCUUGGCGGUACAUUUCUGCACUAGAGAGUUACAUCCUUAGGGACUUGAGCUCCAUACCCUAAAGAACUUGAGGCCUGCCGCCCGAAUUUGGAAAUGUCCAGAGUCCGGGACGCGGAGCUCCGUCCUGUGUGAAUCCUGAGCGCCGCCCCUUCCUGAACACACUGGUCCCAGAUCAGAGCAGGACCUCUUCUGACCCUAUGGGAACCUCCCCGAGGUCCAGCCUAUCUCGAGGGACUCGGGAGGAAAUCUGCAGGGGGUAGGUGGGGGCUGGUCUCUUCCUGUUUUGUACAUAGAUUUAUUUUUCAGUUGCAAGGAAAGAUGAAUACAUUUUGUUAAAA